UUAUCACACAUCCCUAAAUAUUGACAAAAAAGAAAGAGAGAGAAGAUAGGAGUAGGCCUGUAGGUAACUUCAAGUAACCUACUUGACUGUAAAUAUUUUGAUGUUACGUUUUCCUCUCCAACACAUAAAGGUUAGCUGAUUUGAAUACGUGACGCAGUCUAUAUCAUUCGGGUCGCUUCGUGGAGCGAAGUACCUACUCGUAGUUAGGUUAGGUAUACAAAAAAGCUAGGACGGAGUGAAUUUACUUACAUAUUUCCGUAGUGUAGUACCUACCCACAGUACAAAAGCUUUACUUAGUUUGGGACUAGAGGCGCAGUGUAAAAUGUCUAAGGAUAAUAAUAUUUGUCUAAGGGGCAGGUGGUCCGUGCACUGGACUAGGAUAAGUAUCCCAUGUAGCUAGUUCGAAUCCCGCUUGUAACAAAUUAGUAUGAUGAACAUUACGAAAGUUCUAGUUGAUUAUAUUGGUAAAAAUGUAAUAACGAUAUCUGGCAACCCAGAAGCGUUGUAUGGUCUAUGGCCCCUCUCUAUGGUCUCUUUUUCCUACCAUUCAAGUGUGUGCACCACAUGGUUGUAAAUUAUCUUCUCAAUAAAUAGAAUAUCACUGAAGUUAAGUGUCCUUUGUACCUGCCGCAUCACUCUGCUCAUGGUCCUUCAGAGCUGGAUGCAGGAGUCUGUACUGAGAAUCUGUAGUUGGAGCAGUUUUUUUUUUCGUGUUGUGUGCGGCCGGCCCGGGGUGACGCUAACGCAUUGCAUACCACUUAUUGCGUGCUUUCAAAAUGCCCCUAACCGGCGAGGAUACCAGCAGUGAUUUUGCUCAUCAAGACAAGCAAAAAUUGAUAAAUGUGAGAAGAUACAUCAAAGGCCGCAUAUCACUUGUGGAAAAUGAGCUGGGGGACAUUUCUACCGUAAAAUCCACCGCCAUGUUGGAUGUUGCCGCCGAACGAAUUAGCAGUCUUUUUACGAGAUUGGAGGACGUCAAUCUCAAUUUGGAAUCGAUGGAUACUUCAGAGACCGCUGAGGGAUCGAAAAUCGAGUCAAGGUGUCAAAGAAUACUAACUGACAUUCGUGAACGUCGUGAGGCGCUGAAGCAUCAUUGUAACUCAUCGGCGAGUGACUCCGGAUCGACGCAAGAGCACCAGCAUAAACCGAAUCUUCCCAAGAUAUCGUUGCCCAAGUUCAGUGGAAGUUAUGGAGACUGGUUGUCGUUCAAGGAUUUAUACGUCACUAUGGUACACGGAAAUGAAGAUUUAAGUCCCGUGCAGAAGUUCUAUUACUUGAAGUCGUGUUUGGUCGGCGAAGCUGCCUCUUUGGUUACGACUUUGGAAUGUACGAACGAAAACUACGUGAAGGCAUGGUCUGCGAUUACAUCAAGAUAUGACAAUAAGCAGCGCUGCCAAGCAUUAGAUAUGCUAUGCCGUGAUGAAGCAGUGAGCACUACAAAGGUCGUGCCUCCGGCAAAGAGCACUAGUCAUGUGACUGUUGGCAGCGGCAGUAAUGCAAAUGGAGAAAAGGUGCGAACAGAGCUACCUUGAUUCUGUGUCCAGGGAUGAAGAAGGAAGGUAUCAUGUCGAUUUGCCAAUAAACAAAGAACUUCUACCAAAACUAGGCAAAUUCGAGUGAAACCUCAGUAUCAAGCACUUCAGCGCAUCCUGUGGAGAGAUGAUCCAUCGCAUGAUAUACAGUGUCUUCAGCUGGAUACUGUUACAUAUGGAACAGCAUCAGCCAGUUACCUUGCUACACGGACAUUGGUGAAAUUGGUUGAGGAUGAAGGUGAUAAUUUUCCAUCUGCUUCUAAGGCAUUACUUCAAAGUACCUUCGUUGAUGACAUUUUGCAUGGCGAGAAUGAUCUUUCUUCUGCAUUAAAUACCAUAAAUGAGUUGCAAGAGUUGUUAGCUAAAGGAAGGUUUGAAUUGCACAAAUGGUACUCUAAUAGCUCAAUGUUAAUGUCGCAAUUUCCUCCUGAAAAACUUGAAAAAUGUCAUUUUUCCUUUGACAAUAAAGAAGGUUCUUGUAUUAAAACGCUAGGUUUGAAGUGGGAGCCAAACUCAGAUAAAUUUCAGGUCGAGGUACCUAAAUAUACUUCCACUAGUCAUACCAAAAGAAAUAUUUUGUCUGAUAUUGCUAAGGUCUAUGAUCCCUUGGGUUUUAUUGCUCCAGUUACAGUCUAUGCUAAGUUGAUAAUGCAAGAUAUCUGGAAGGCAAACGUUGACUGGGAUU